AAGCUUAAGCUUGGGGCCCGAAACUUGGCGUCGCCUGUCUGAGCUUGCUUGAGUGUCUCGAGACACUUGAUCCGCACAGUCGCGUUGUAUAGUUGCUCCGAUUAGGACGUGUGGUUCGCUCAAGCGCACGUUACAGUUACAACGACGACGCGCAAUACCUGCAACAUGGAGUUUUCAACAUAUCGAAUAAGUUUUCUGUGGCUGCUGGGAUUAUGUCUGCUGCUAUUCAAAACAGGAUGCACAGAAGCGCAAGGGAAACGCGCCUCACGUAUCACCAGCUCCCGCAGCUUUGGCACCAACGUCAAGUCCACAAGCUCCAAUGGCCUUAGCUUCGACUGCCCCGAGGAGUUCGGCUAUUACCCGCACCCCACGGACUGCACACAGUACUACGUGUGUGUGUUCGGUGGGGCACUUCUUGAGAGCUGCACCGGCGGCCUGAUGUACUCGCACGAGCUGCAGACCUGUGACUGGCCACGAAACGUAGGCUGCGAGUUGGUGGACACUUCCACGGAGCGCGGCCCCGCACGUAGCCAGAGCCAGACGCAGCAACAACAUCAGCAGCACGUGCCUAGCCGUGUGCGCUUUGGGUCUGCUUUUGGCAGUUCGGGUGGUGCCCCAAAGGCGCCCACAGUGGCUCCGCAGUACCACCGCUCUCCGCCACAGGUCAUACAGGCUCAGGUCCAGCAUAUCCCGCCGCCGCCCCCAGAGCUACGCGUCCCACCCAAUCCGGUGGUCACAUCGCGGGGUCAGCCGAAGCCAUUGCUGGACGCGCAGGAGGACAUAGCGAAGCUGUACGCGGAGGCGCAGGAAACACUGCCGCCCGUGGAGGAGGAGGAGUCCGAUCGCCAGCAGCGGGUGUACCGCGGCCAGCCAAGUACCGUUAGCCAGGUUCAGCGGGAUCGCGAUGGUAUCAUACAUCAGGCCAGCAUUAAUGCCAUACCCCAGAGCGGGAAGCUUGGAUCGUACGCCUUCGGAACAGCCUACAGCGAAAGCUUGGACGACGAACAGACGCUCGAAUACGAACUGUCACAGAACCGACUCGAGGCACUCGAUGUGGACAGGCGACCACGCAAACGACGUGACCUCACAGUGCAGACUACGCCAGUUGCGGACACAGAAACGCAGACGCCAACAAAACCAGAACCAGAAGCAAAUGUGCAAGCAGAAGUGCCCAACGAUUCGAAUACGUCGAGUGAAGUUAUGGAACCUGAAAGCCCCAGCCCCAGCGCCAAACCUAGCUCGCUCCUUGGCAAUAGUGAAUCUUCCAAUAGCUCCAAUAACUCACAAGAGCACUACGACGAGGCGGCUCCAGCUGUAUCUAAGCCACAAAAAUACUCCUCGAAGAUCAGUCAGCCACGAGAAAAGAGUGGAAGUGCAGUAAUUGAAUUCGACUACGUUAAUACGGGUGCAGAUGGUGAAGAAGGUGAUGACGGGGACGGGGACGACAGCCCAGAGGAUGCGGCAACAGGGGAAUCAAAAAGACGCCCACGUCAACUUCGCCCCGUAACGCACACUUCCACCAAGUGGACGGGGCCGAACUAUCGUGCCAUUGACGCGCCUCCUCCACCCCACCAAGGAUACCAGCAGCACCAAACUGGCCAGAGCUACAGCUUCGGUAGCUUCAACCCAUAUCUUACGCCUCCGGCCAACCCCGGCCACACUCAACAGCCGUUCGGCAGUCACAACUACAACCAAAUAAGCCCCGGCUACCCGGCUCAGGCCUAUCUUCACCAGCAACAGCAGAUUUCAGCUCCGAACCAACAAAAGCCCAAGGUCGUCUACACCGGCUACAAUCUUUCGCUGCCUCCUCCUCCGUUAGAGGACGACUUUCGUCCAAUAGCGGGAAACUACUUCAGAUCGCCAAAUGGGGUACCGAGCAGCCCACGAACACCACUACCCGCGCAAAACCUCCAACAGCAGCAGCAGCAGCAGCACUCCAGCCCCGGAGAUCUACUACCGUAUUUAAUACAACAGCUGAAGGAAUUAAAGGAACGACGCAAGCAUCUACAAGCAGAAAACUUUGCCUAUUUUCAUCUGGAGAACCAACCAAUAACACCUGGUCCGUCUCCCGGCUCCACACCCCCCACACCCGCAGCCCAAACGCCAUUCGCGUACUACUCCCACUCUCAGGUUUCGUCAGGUGACUCGUCCAAGCCCACCCAACAGGUGACACCGAACGGACAGUUCAGUACCAUGGGAGGCUUUUACAAUAAUCAGAGUCCGGACCAAGCACCGUACACCGCGAACUAUGCAGGAAAACUGGUCUCGCAGUAUAGCAUAGGCGGCAGCACCACGGAGAGCAACUAUUUUCAGUACAAUGUUAUAGCUAAUCAGAAGAUGAAAGGGGUCUACAGCACGGCCAAGCCAAACCAAAUAGGACAUGCUGCGGUCAAGGUGCGCCCCCCUGUCACCCCGCUGCAGGUCACACAGAGCAUAAACAUUGUCUCAGCGCCCAACCUGGCCUACAGCCGGCCCGCAACAGGUCUGCAACAGGUGCCUUUCCGCGACUUUUCGCACCUACCCGUAGGCAUAACCUACGCGGGAAACCUCACAAUGCCGGAAUCAUAUCAGACUUUUACAAAGUCGAUCACUUCAGAGGCUCCGCCAACGCCUACUUCGCCAACGACUGCCAACAACAAGCCCAAACUGUCAAAUUUUCAAUUCAACAUCCAUGAAUUCAUGGCUAACCUAAAGUCCAGCGACCUGGCAAGCGUGAACCCGGCCAUAAACCCGCUGAUGAAGUAUUUCAAGCAGGUGAGCAGCGAUGGAAAUGGCAAUCUGCGCAAUGCCGUGGUCCUUCGUCGCCCAGUCCCCCCCUCCUCGAGCAGCAAUACCGGCACGACCACCACUUUGAGUACAUCUACACCAAAAACACGACUAAGACCAAAUCUCACCAUUUCUACGCCUACAAUACCAACCACUGCGAGACCUCUCAAGGGCUACGAGAGCUUCAUCAAGGGGAUACAAAACCAAAUCAACAAGCAGACCUCGACACACAGUGCAUCCCUGCACACAACAACAACUACUCCAACGCCGCGAAUAAGACCCACCAUUAGGACUAGCAGCAUCACAACGACUCUUGAAAGCGUCGACUACUAUGACGAGGACUACGAGGAAGAUGAGGAUAUACUGCCACCGUCCCGCAUGCCGCCGUACAUGCCAAUGUCCGAGACAAUGGCCCCACCACGCCCGCAACUGGUGUCCACCACUGCGCCUGUCACCGAGUCGCCUGGAAAAAUACGUGGCAGCUUUCAGACGGGCUUCCUGGAAGCCACAACGACACGGCGUCCAUUCCCCAACUUUGUGCAGCUGAACAGCAGGCCCAGUAAUGAGACUGGUGCAGGUGCUGGAGGAGUACCGUCAUUCAUCAACUUUCCCAGCGACAUAUUCCAGGAACUAAAGCAACGUCUGCCCCAGUUGCCAGAAUCGACCACACCUACGCCAGGUGCCCCUACUCCGCGGAGCACGCGUCCCAGCUCCACGCCAGCAUCAACAUCCACACGGGUGCGUUACACAACCCGGCCCCGCACUAGGGGCCAACAAAAGUGGAUGACGAUGGCUCCCCCCGCAUCAGCUACAGCUGCAGCUAAGGGAGUCGAGAACAACACCGAACGGGCGAAAAAUGAAAGUAGUUCAGCCUCCGGUUACUACUUCGGCAAGCAAAGCCACAGCAGCAUAGGUGGCCUCCAGUUGAACUCUAUUCACGCCGGCGGCUCAGUCUCAGGAACGGACAGAAACAGAGUUGAGACAUCUUCACCGUCAUCGCGGGGGGGGGCGCCAACACCCAACGCUAAUAUCUUUGUACAGCCCACGCCACAAGCCCCAUCGCCACAGGUAGAAUCCAAUCGUAACUACUACAACGCAUCCAUAUUUAAUCACGGGGGCGGCUACCAGCCAUCGCGGCAGCAACAACAGCAGCAACAACAACAACAGCUACAGCCAACACCAUUUCAACAGGCGCAACCGCAAUCGCCAAAACAUGAGCAGCAGGCACAAGCCAUACCAAAUCCCUAUGAUUCAUCAUAUUAUUCUGUUUACGACGACGAUAUCGAUUUAUACAGGGACAUUGAGUAUCAACAACAACAGCAAGACCAUCAGGAGCAGCAGCAGCAGCAGCAGCAGCCGCAGCAACAGCAGCAAUAUCAACAACCAGCAGUACGCCACCAGCAGACGCAAUCAACCUACCGCCCAUUGGAGCUAUCGGCCACACCGACUCCUCCUCAGAAGCCGCAAUACAGCAACCAACCGACGUUGACCUACAGCACGGACUACGAUGAGGAUAUUAAUGCACAGAUCGAGCAAGACAACGUGUACGAUCAGCCAACUCGUUCGCCCCAAAGGCCGGAGCAGGUGGCCAUCCAAAGACUGAAUGCGCGGCCAACAUCCACGAUGACACCCCCCACACGUCCCGAUGUACGUCACUACUAUGACACUCUUACCACGCCCAAUUCGGGCAUCGGGGAAUCCGAUUACAGCUACUCUAGCUCUGGAGAGUACGCGUACAACAGUUCGCCAGGGGACUAUGAUCAGAGCGAGCACACUUUGAUGCAGGUUGUUACGGAUGCAGGCAGAGAUACGAGAGGUGAUUACGAUUUGAUCGCAAAUGUCGUGGGUCACACCCAAAGGAAGACAACAAAGCCACCCGCCACAAGCGGCCAGAACACUCAAGCCACUCCAGCAAUAAGUUGGAGUACAACGAAGGGUUUCACCACACAAACUGUAAGGGCUACAAAGCCCACAACAACAUCAACAACAACAACCAGCACAACAAAAACAACAUCAACUACAACACCACCAUCACCAACGACAACAACAACAACAACGAAACCCCAAAGCUCGAAAGCGCAUGCAAAUAAAAUCUAUAUACAACAUGCUAUAAACAUGUCAAAGACAACCACAAACACUACACAGCCACCAACGACCAGCACAACAACACCCCCAAUAUACCAUCCUUCGACAUAUAGUUCCAAUCCCUUUCUCAAAUCGAAGCUCCAAAGCCUAGCCAAGUCGCUGGUCAGCUUUGUUGCCAACAGCCACACUCAAGGCGAAUCGACUAAUUAUCAUCCAGCUAAGAUUCAGAACCAGACCCACUCCCAACUCAAACUCCAAAGGCAACCUGAAGUCCAAGUCCCAGCCCAAGCAUAUCCCCCAGUCACUGAACCCUCAACGACGCAAUGGCCUCUGGUGGAGGACAGUCCCAGCAGUCAACUAGAACAUGCGGAGACCGUCUUCGAUGAGAGUCAGAACGUCCACGUGCAGACGGCCGAGGCACCCAGUAGCCGAUCCUUUGAGACCAGCACGUCGCCCAAGUUUCUGGACUUCAUUAAUGCCGCCGCAUACGGCACAAGUCCGCGCGGUAAUCUUCUGCACUCCGUUCCCGACAAAAAGCCCGUGAAAACAGCCUUCCAUCAGCUGCAAAAAAAAAAUCCAUAUAGAGGCGUGGAAAGAGGGUAUCUAAAUGACCAACGUUCGACGGUGCCACAGCAGCCGAAUAAGCGCAUACAGACCUACAUCUCAUCAGAUGUGGAACCGCAGAGUUUCAGAUCUCCGGCAAGCGAACCCCUCGUGCCAGUUGCAUCGAUUGAGCUAGUGGAUAGCUCAAGCACCACACCAGGCACCAGGCCUAGUAAAGCGGUUCAAUAUAGUCUACAAAGUGGAUCGCACGGCUUUAGUCUUCGUGCUGAGGAUUUCGGCCACAACGAAGGUCCAGUUGUCUCCGAGACGUUGUCUGAUCGGAAGGAGAGUCAGCCACCAAGUACAAGUACAAGUACAAGUACAAGUACAAGUACAAGUACAAGUACAAGUACAAGUACAAUUACAAGUACUGGUACAAGUGCAAGUACAAGUACAAGUACAAGUACAAGUACUUCUACAACACCAUACAACAGCGAUGUGGAUGUCAUACCCACAACAUAUGCUCCACCACUUCGUAUUUGGCGCAAUGGACGACCCACCAUUCAGGCAUAUACCAAGGCUACAACCACGACCUCAAAAUCCGCUGCAACAGCUCCUUGGUGGACCGAUAGUGUGGAAUCCAGCAGCACUAUAAGAACUACGACUACGCCGAAAGCUCAGGGGACGCCAAGCACCGAGCGGUACAUAUCGCCGGGACAAAGUUUCACGGCUCGCGCAAAUCACUUUAAGGACAGCCUGAACCGCGUAACUGCCAACCCAGCAAUGCGCUUUGUCUCACCAUACAAGAGUCUUGAGAACUUACUGCAGGAGGAGCGACAGCAUCCAAAUACCAUGUUACGGACGACGGCCAGACCGCGUUACACAAAUUCGCCAGCUUCACCGCCUUUCCUACAGACCACGCAGAAACCGCCAAAGAAUCUCUUUCUUUCGGGGAUGUCGCCUAGAAACACCAGUCAGGAUGUCCUUGCCACAAUGGCGACAGGAAAUGCUCGAAACUUUAGCGUCAGCGACGCGAUUUUGAGCACUUUUAGUCCCCAACGACCGGCACCAAGUAUGCUGCGUAGCUCCACCUCCAGCAGCACCACUAGCACCACCGAGACACCACCUCCAACGACAACCACUAUACCAACGACUAUAUCGGCGGUAAUCGCCUCAUCGCCUAUUCGAGUCUCCCAGGUUUCGAUGCGUCCUCGCGGCCGCUCUCGCUACACAGUCGCAACUCUUGACAAUUUAUCGGAGAGCGUGGACGAGCCCACGACCUAUGCCCCCAGGUUCAGAUUACCCAGCAGCUACGAGGCCAAUCAGUAUCAGUAUCCAAAACGAAAGCCCCAGCGCGUCCGAAUAGCCGGCAAUCAGAGGCCGUCGUCCGCCGAACCCACGGCAAAGCCUCAUGAAAAAUACGAGUCAUAUAAGGCUGCCUUACAGGCCAAGGAUUCAACCCCUUUUAACUCUCAAAAUGUACACGCAAAGAAUUUAUCCGCGCAAUCGGUGAAUGACAAGUUACUUAAACGCAAACCAAUUGAGAAUGAGACUAGCACAUCGGAUGGGCCACGAGCCGAGGCAUUGAUUGGGCAUCAGCUACUAGAAGCCAGGCAGCAAAAUAGCAUAGAGGAAAUGGGAACCGCAUCGGCAUCUAGCUCCACAGAGCACGUGGUAGCCAUAACAGACCGUCCCCCCACUGUGAAGUUGCUCUACUCAAACAAAUAUCGCCAGCAAACGGCAGAACGCACAUUAGCGGAAAGUCUUCAGAAUGCCGGGUACCUAACUACCGGCAAUGGGCGGAUCCAAAAGUUCCGUCCUGUGAGUGUCCUCGAGCAACUGAAGCAGUUCCUCGCCGGCAGCGACAGCAAUAGCAACAGCAACAGCGAUGAGAGUGGCACCUCCCAAUUUGUUGACGAAUAUUCGCACCCAGAAAUAAAGGCAGCCGUCGAUGAAAUCAAGCAGCUUUAUGUACCCACGAGUCGAUCGACUACGAUCACCACUACGACCACGCUUCGUCCUACCACUACGCCUAUUGCGCCUCCCACUACUACCUCCCGUCCUAAUAUCGGAGGUGUUACUGCUCCGUCUAGACCAAUAGCAAUCCAAUCCAAAGCCUAUUCCUCCUAUUCCUCUUCCACUUUUAGCAUCUUGAGCACCGAUCCUCCCACCUCUCCAACAGUCAGAUCCACCCUGAGCACCACUCCCGAUGUUAGUACCACUAGAACUCCCACCAUCCCAACAACAGUUCCUCCAACAACUGCUAGCGCCACUGCCACCGCUACACCCUCUUCCAUGUUUGCUCCGCCAACUGCGCGCGCUUCGAGGGUUAACAAUGUCAUAAGAUCAUCGAUUGCCGCUGCUGCCGCCCAAUCGUCCAGCUCAGGCUCUCUCUCAGGCUCCUCUACCUAUCAGCAGCAGCAAAUGCAACCAGCGGGUGGUAAAGCUAAUAAGUUCCAAUUUGGAUUUGCUCCCAACAAUAAGAACCAGCAACAACACCAACACCAAAACAACAAUCACAACAGCAACAACAAUGCCGCAGCCGCAGCCUCAGUGAAAUGCUCUGAUAGCACAUUGAGCGCCAAAUGCAACGAAAUCCCCUCAAGAAACCACAAUAGAAACCGGGGCGGCACCAUUUACGCUAAUCAGGAUCGGGACGUUGUCGCUACAGCCAACCGAGGAACGCAUCCCCCACGAACACGUCCCACGCUUAAGCCAUCUGGAACUAUUGUCUCAAAGGCUCAAGAAUUUGUAGAUAUAUAUAGAUAUCCACCAACGCGGCCGGACCCCAUAUACCCACAGCCCACACCCGACAAAACUGCUGCCAAGUGCCGCAAAGAUGUGUGCCUCCUUCCAGACUGUUAUUGUGGAGGCCGAGAUAUACCUGCCGAGCUUCCCGCUGAAAGCAUACCGCAAAUUGUUCUUUUGACUUUCGAUGAUUCCGUGAAUGAUUUGAAUAAGCAAUUGUACACGGACCUCUUUGAGAAGGGGCGCGUCAAUCCCAACGGGUGCCCCAUCACAGCCACAUUCUACGUCUCCCACGAAUGGACUGAUUACAGUCAGGUGCAAAAUCUCUACGCCGAUGGACAUGAAAUGGCCUCCCAUACAGUUUCUCAUAGCUUUGGCGAGCAAUUCUCGCAGAAAAAGUGGACUCGUGAAAUAGCUGGCCAACGAGAGAUUCUUGCGGCAUAUGGUGGUGUUAAGUUAUCGGAUGUUAGGGGCAUGAGAGCGCCGUUCCUCUCGGUUGGCGGCAACAAAAUGUAUAAAAUGUUGUAUGACUCUAACUUCACCUACGACUCAUCCAUGCCGGUCUAUGAAAACCGACCCCCUUCCUGGCCAUACACUCUGGACUACAAGAUUUUCCACGAUUGCAUGAUUCCACCCUGCCCAACACGCUCAUACCCAGGUGUGUGGCAAGUGCCUAUGGUCAUGUGGCAGGACUUGAACGGAGGACGUUGUUCGAUGGGCGAUGCCUGCUCAAACCCCAGUGAUGCGGAGGGUGUCACGAAAAUGAUUAUGAAGAACUUUGAGCGGCACUACACCACAAACAGAGCACCUUUCGGACUGUUCUACCAUGCGGCCUGGUUUACGCAGCCCCACCAUAAAGAAGGUUUCAUUAAAUUCCUCGACGCUAUCAAUUCCAUGUCCGAUGUUUGGAUCCUAACCAACUGGCAGGCUUUGCAAUGGGUGCGGGAUCCAACACCCAUAUCCCGCAUUAACUCUUUCCAACCAUUCCAGUGCGAUUAUUCGGACCGGCCGAAGCGCUGCAACAACCCGAAAGUGUGCAAUCUGUGGCAUAAAUCUGGCGUUCGCUACAUGAAGACUUGUCAGCCCUGCCCAGACAUCUACCCUUGGACCGGAAAGUCGGGCAUCCGAUCAUCACGCAUCGAUAAUGAUAAUGUUGAGGAACCGGCGGCGGCGUAAGACAUCGUCUAUCAUCAGUCUCUUCUGCAGUACGCAGAGGAACAAGAUCAUAGGCUAACAGCAGUCUGAAGUAGCAGAAGGAACAAGUAGCGAAGUAGCUAUCUAAGACGCCGAACUGUCGAAGCGACGAUGGUGGUCAUGGGUAGCCCAAAAUACGGAAUUCACUCGUUAAAAUGUUUUCAUUUACUUUAAUACUUUAGCUAAUUUUUUAAACGACAACAGCAAUCAUAGUUAAUUUUUUUUGGAGCAUGUGACUACAAAUUAUUUAUUCCCUCUUACAUACAGUGCAUACUCGGUACCUACUAUAUCUGUAUAUUCCUAUAGAUUGCUUGUUAUACGGAUUCUUGUAGUUGCACACGCAAAUGCAAACCGAGCAGGACCCUUGUAAAGCAAUUAGGCGUAAGACUGUAGACUAAUAAGUACUAAUACUAAUAAAUUGUGCGUGGUUGGCAGCCCUUUGGGUCCUUUUUAAAAUGCAUGAGUAGGCAAGAGGAUUGGGAAGGAAGCCAGAAAGCAUGACAAGUAGUGGUUAGGCUAAUGUAUUUUCAUUUAACUUGUGAUAAAUAUUUACAUCUGAAUUUAUGUAUUAUUAUAUGUGCAAAAGUCUCUUCAAAAUCAUAUCCUUAUCUAGCUCCUUUUCACGAAUAUCGCAAUAUAUUUUUAUCUUUCUAUUAAGAGUGUUUUUGUCAAACUAUUGUCAAGUUAUUUGAUUAUCCCUGGAAUUGGGUGCAUUCAAAUAGAUACGUUCUUUCGUACAUAUUACUACCCCUUUCUUUCAUUCCACUACAUUCUGCUACACCUAAGUAUUUAGUAUUUAGUACCACAGCUAAGAUUAGUAGUGGCAGUUUUAGACUUUUAGAGUACAAGCAGAAGAUAUUGCAUACUGAUGUAUGCUAAGAAUUUAUCAUAUUAUUUAAGUUGUAUACUAGUAGCAUUCUGUAUAUCAUGCACAUCCUUUUGAAUUGUUAGUCUUGGUAAUGGAUAAUGAAUACGAUACCGGAUUGGAUCAACUGAUAGAAGUCAAUGAGAAAACGUAUAAAGUGAGGAGCUGGGAGCGAAUAUACAUAGACAUAGAUAAAACGAUAUUAUUGCCAAUGCUUAGCCGCGUUCUUCAUACAAAACCAACUUAACUAAAUCGACGUGCAAGCCAAUCGAAUGUUCGAAGUUUAUCACGUAAGAUAUGAUUAUGCGAAAGUAUUAAGGGGAUUUGAAAUGCAAUAAUUAAAGCGACAUUGAUAAGCGAUUCGGUUUGCUAACAAACAAUCGAAUACAUAUAUGUAUCAUAUAAGGACAUCAAAAAUAAAUAGUAAACUCUUCACAGCAGGGCGCAAUGUAGGAAACGAGUGAAUUAAGUAUUUUGUGCUAAUGAUUGUAAAAAGCUACACCUAUGUAUGUAUGAAUGUACGUUGCAUGUCUAUAAUAAAGUUUAAUAUUUAAAUCACAA